AUGGCCGGUGAACAAACGCCUAGUCGUCGUAAAAAGCGCACUCCUACUCCUCGCAAGAAGUGUGCAGACGUGAAGACUCCGGAUCGCUGGAGAAUCGUGACUGCCUACAUGGAGCUGAGCAAGGGUCGGGAUAGACUACCUCGAGGAGCUAUGGAGAAGUUGAAGCAUCGAUUCCCUCACCUACAUCUAACAGCGCGGACAGUUCAGAGGAUCGUCACGCAGUACAAGAAGCAAGCUCGUGACAACGAAACUGCAGGAAACGUUCGCCUUACCAGACGACGCGCGAGCCUUUGUGGCGGCCAGGGGAUGGUUCUGACACGUGAGCUAGCCAGCAAGCUCAUCGAGAUAAAUGAUCGUCACUGGGGACGGCUCUCCUGCAAGAAGCUUGCAGGCGAGUUGACGACCGCUGGCUUUGCUUGCAGCGUUGUUUCUGUGUACCGGUGGUGCAAGAUCCUCGGAGCUACUCGACGCCGCCGCUAUAUCAAGCCGAAGCUUACACUGAAACAUCGCCGUGACCGCCUGUCGUGGGCAAUCAGCAGGUACGACAGGAGAAAGAAGAAGUUCGGAGACAACAACAAUAUUGCACACGGUGACGAGAAGUGGUGGUACUUGAUGAGAGAUGGCUCGGUGUGCCGUGUAUUCCCACAAACUGUGGUGAAUGACAAAGGAGAGACAGAACGCGUCGUCAACAUGCCUGCAGACCCACGCGUGUAUCACAAAAGCCGGAUGCCAAAGGUGAUGUUUUUGGCAGUCACGGCGAAGCCGCGUGCAGAGUACGGCUUUGAUGGGAAAGUAGGCAUGUGGCCUUUCACAGUUGUACGAAAGGCCAAACGCAGCCAUGCCAAAACAGGCACAGUGGCUGGUGAAACGGACAUCAUCGAGAGCGUGACUGUGACUGCUGAAGAGUACAGGCACACGAUGCUCAAGAAGAACGGUGUGUUUUGCAAACUGCGAGAGAAGAUGUGGUGGUUCGGGAAGAAUGCCGGCACUCCAGAGGCUGGAACGACACUAUAUUAUCAGCACGAUGGAGCCAGGCCACAUACAGCGAAAGCAAACGAAGCGCACUGGUCGCGACAUGGACAGAAGUCGGGAUUCUCCAUCGAUGUCGUCGUCCAGCCUGCACAAUCACCCGACCUGAACGUGAACGACCUUGCCUUCUUCUCCAGCUUGCAAAGCGAUACGGAGCUGGUAGCGAAGCGGAAUGUGUUUGACCUUGUGGCAGCUGUCGAGAAAUCGUGGGCAGAGUACCCUCAAGAGCGAAUGGAAGCUGUGUGGAGAGUACUGUACGCAUCGUUCAAAGGAAUCGUGACAGCUCGCGGUGACAACUCGUACAGCCAUCACACAGGUAGUCGAGCGGCUCACUCUGCAUCGUCCAGGAGAGGGGAAAGUCACGACAGGAGGUUUCCUCAAGCAGAGAUCGAUCAGGCCACGGCUGUGAGAGACACUCUAAGCCAGCAAUUGGAAACAGGAGUUGAAGGAGUCGUGUCAACCUCCAGCGCUCAUGAGGACACUGAUGACGAGUAA